AUGCCUUCAGAAGCACCACAAUUUGACCAGAACAAGGCAUAUGCUGAGCAGGGAGAUGUCUUCUUUGACGACGGACGCGAGAUUGAGCUGCUUCACUUCAUCUACGACUUGCCAGACAUUAACAGCAUACGAGGCUCUCCUCGGAAAGUCCUCGAUGCAAUCGAUCUGUUUGGCAGGACGAAGAAGUAUCUGAUGAAUGUCGGCGAGGAUAAGGGCAGGAUAGUUUCAGAUCUGAUCGCAGAAGUCAAGCCUCAGACUAUGGUUGAGCUUGGCGGCUACAUUGGUUACAGCUGCAUUCUGUUCGGCGAUGCUGUACGAAAGGCUGGAGGCAAGCGCUACUACAGUUUAGAGCGCAGUCCGGAGUUUGCUGCCGUCAUCAUGGCUCUCGUCAACCUCGCUGGUCUGUCCGACAUCGUCAAGGUCGAAGUUGGUUCGUCAGAUGCCUCAAUAGCCCGCCUUCACGAGCAGGGAGCACUGACUCACAUUGAUCUCAUGUUCUUGGACCACUACAAGCCAGCUUACACAACGGAUUUGAAGCUCUGCGAGGAGUUGAAGUUGAUUACGCCUGGGUCUGUGCUCGCUGCGGACAAUGUGAUCAAGCCUGGCAAUCCACCUUACCUGGAAUAUGUCCGGUCGAGCGUCAAGGAGAAGCGGGAGAAGGCCAAGCAGACGAAUCGUGGUGUCAAUGGUAUCGACGAGCGAUUCGGCGAGAAGCAAGUCGCGCAGUAUGCGAAACGAAUCCAGAAGGAGAGUCUUGGCCACACUACAGGUAACCCGAAUCUUGUGUAUGACUCGAAGUUGGUGAACAGCUUUGAGCCAACCGGUGUACCAGACGGCGUGGAGAUCUCGAGAUGUAUCAGCGAGGAGACAUAG